AUGAUGGAGAAGAAGCUACUCGUAGCAGCGUCAAUCAUCUUGAAUCUCAUAUUCACAAUUCAUAUUCUUUAUAACAAAGAUUCAACCACAUGGAAUCCGACGUGGACCAAUAGAGCUGCUCUAGAAGCAGAGGAUGCAGCCUCUGUUUCUUGCUCAGGCCAUGGCAGAGCUUACGUGGACGGUCUUGGUGCUCUUGACGGCAACAAACCUCCUUGUGAAUGCAACAACUGCUACACCGGCACAGAUUGCUCCAUUCUUGUCGCAGAUUGUCUUGUUGAUGCUAACUCAGGAGACCCUUUGUUCUUGGAGCCAUUCUGGAUGCAAAAGUCAGAGGGAAGUGCGGUUGUUGAAUCAGGAUGGCACAUGAUGAGUUAUUCAUACUACGCAUAUGGCUCGUUUGUGUCUCAAGAGCUCGAGAAGGUCAUUAGGAAACUGCAUAAUGUAGUGGGAAACGCAGUUACUGAUAACAGAUUCGUAAUCUUUGGAAAUGGAGCUACGCAAUUGAUUGCAGCCUCUGUUCAUGCCCUGUCCCGGACAAACUCAUCAUCAUCAUCAUCACCUGCAAGACUUUUGGCUUCUGUUCCAUUUUACAAUAUGUACAAGAAUCAAGCGGACUUCUUUUAUUCAGCAAAUGUCAAGUUUGGAGGAGAUGCAUCUGCGUUGAAGGAGAGCGAGGACAAUGAUAAUGUCACACAAGUUAUAGAGGUGGUGACAUCUCCUAAUAAUCCAGAUGGGAAGAUGAGAAGAGCGGUUCUUGAUGGUUCCAAUGUCAAAACAAUACAUGAUAAUGCUUAUUACUGGCCUUAUUUUUCACCUACUACACAUCCAGUUGAUGAAGAUUUGAGCUUGUUUAGUCUUUCAAAGACUACAGGUCAUGCUGGCUCAAGAUUCGGAUGGGCACUGGUGAAAGAUAAAGCUGUUUAUGAAAGAAUGAAAACAUAUAUAAAUCUAAGUAGUUUGGGAGUUUCAAGAGACUCACAGCUUCGUGCUCUGCAAUUGCUCAAAGUAGUGCUUGGUGAUGGAGGCGAGGAGAUAUUCAAUUUCGGCUACAAAACAUUGAAGAAGAGAUGGGAUACACUGAACAAGAUCUUUUCAAUGUCCAAUCGUUUCUCGUUGCAGACAAUCAAACCAGAGUACUGCAACUAUUUCAAGAAAGUCAGAGACUUUACUCCAUCUUAUGCGUGGGUGAAGUGUGAGAGAGUAGAAGACACAAACUGCUAUGAGAUUUUCAGAGCGGCAAAGAUAACAGGACGUGAUGGCAACGUGUUUGGAUCAGAGGAAAGGUUUGUGAGAUUGAGUCUCAUCAGAUCACAAGACGACUUUGAUCAACUCAUUGAUAUGUUGAAGAAGUUAGUCCCUCGAGGAGCUGAUUCCAUAUGA